AUGAAGUCUAUAUCGAAAAUCCUCUCCAAGAGACCCGUAUCAGUACCUGCAAGUGCAUAUAUAUGUAACAGCUGUUCAGGACGUCGUACAAUCGAGGCACAGCCGAGGAAUCGCAAAUACUCCUCAACUUCAACCCCAGCCUCAACCCAAAAUGCAACAUCAUCUUCAAUAGAAACUCCCUUCAAGCUCCCUAAAAAGGGCAUCGCGCGUCUCUCAACUCGUAGACUCAUAUCCCUCAGAGGCCCCGACUCGACAAAAUAUCUACAGGGCGUUAUCACCAAUGAUAUUUACAAAGAAGGGAAUAAGAAUGGGUUUUAUUCCGCAUUUUUAAAUGCUCAGGGAAGAGUCUUAAAUGAUGUUUGGAUUUAUAGAGAUAUAUAUGCGGAUUUGAAGGGAGACAAAACGACUGAGGGCGAUAAUUGGCUAAUAGAAGUUGAUGCGAAACAAGUGGAAGUUUUGGCCAAACAUAUUAAGAGGUAUAGGAUGCGGGCGAAAUUCGAUGUCGACAUUGUAGAUGAGGAGGAGAAGAAGAUUUAUAGUCUGUGGGGAACGAAAGUGGGAGUUAGGGUAAUCGAUGCGCAGGAACGGGAUCGUGAAAAGGCGCAACAGGGGAUUGUUACGUCCGAUACGAGGGCUCCCGGGAUGGGUAAUAGGGUUAUUGUGAAUAAGGGUUGGCAUAUGCAUAUGGACAUUCAGGAUGCGGAAGUACAGAUGCAUGGGGAGAAUGUGUAUAGGGCGAGGAGAUAUUUGAUUGGGGUGCCCGAGGGUCAGGAUGAGAUUCUGAGGGAGAGUGCCCUGCCGCAGGAAAGUAAUAUUGAUGUUAUGGGUGGAAUUGAUUAUACGAAGGGCUGUUAUGUAGGGCAGGAAUUGACGAUUAGGACGCAUCAUACGGGGGUUAUCAGGAAGAGGAUUGUGCCGAUGAUGUUGGUUCCGGAUGGGGAGGAUAUGCCUGGGUUGGGAGAGUUGAAGUAUAAGGGUGGUCAUCUGGCGAGUUGGCUGAAUGGCGGGGAAAAUAUUAAGAAGGUUGGUGGAAAGAGACCGGUGGGGAAAUGGUUGAGUGGUGUGGGAAAUUUGGGGUUGGGACUGGCGAGGUUGGAUGAGAUGGGUAAGUGGAUGGUGGAAGAGAAGGAAGCGGGUGGUGUGGAUGAGUUUGUGGCGGAGGGGAAGGGGGAGAAGGAGGGAGAGGUAAGGAAUAUCAGGGUUAGAGCUUUUCCUCCUGCUUGGAUCGAGACAUGA